GGGAUGCCUUUAGGCACUACAAUCUCGGAUCUUCGAACGGGCAAAAAGUACGUGGAGCAAACGACUCGAGACAAGGACAAGCUCGAUGGGCUCGGUUUUGCGUGGAACCGUAGCGCGGCAAUGUGGAAUGACGUUGUUAUCCCCUCUCUUGAAGCGUAUGUCGCUGUUUACAAGAAUGGCAACGUCCCGCCGGGGUUUGUUGUUCCCUCGGAAGAUCCGUGGCCAAAGCAAGCGUGGGGAAAGAAGCUAGGGAAGAUUUUCUAUCUAGCGCGAUACCAAGGGUCAUAUUUUACACACUUUGGGCGGGACAUCGAGAAGCUGUGUCAGCUCGGAUUAGAGCUCAAGCUCGCGCCUCUAGCGUGGAAAAGGCACGUCGCUCCGUUGCUAGUCAUCUACGCGGAGCUGAGUGGGGAGGGUGAAGUCCCAGACGACUUCGUGAUCCCGUCGGAGGCUCCGUGGGAGGAGAAGGUGUGGGGUGUUCGACUGGGACUCAUCGUGGCCCUCAACUCGCACUUCAUGCCGCGCAAGUGA